GGUGAUGAGUCAGAGUAAUGGUAACGGAGCAGAGGACGCCAGUUCAUCAGACCAGGCCGACUCUACAGAUCUUCGGUUCAGAUACCGGAAGUUGUUGUUCCAGACAAAGGAGAAGCGGAGUGAGCUGGUCCGUCCGGAAUCUACCGGAUUACUGGAGACUCUGGAGGAGAUGAACGUUCUGUUUAGUAGAGUGAAAAACCCGAGAGAGGCGGUGUAUGACAGCAAUGUUUUAAAACUCACGUCAGAACUGGGGUUAGAACAGGCAGAUAAUCUUCAAACCAACAUGACCGUGUUUGAUAGGAACAUAUUCGCUGAGAAACUUGUUACUUUUAUGGAUGGUAGAUGUAGAGGGUCUCAGAGAGAGAAGCCGGAGCUGGACUGGUCCAAACUUGGCAAAUACGCUGCUACCAUGUUCAAUGUAACAGCUAAACUUGAUCUGAUAUACGGGCCCUUAGCCAUGGAAUCAAUAGCCAAACACCGGGCUGCUCGAGAGAGGAAUGUACAGAGAAAACCAACUGAAGCAGAGAAGAAGAAACCUCAGCAACUCCAACAAGAGGAGCAGGAAGAGAGCACGACUAAGGAAGUUCAGAGAGUUCUUAAAGCAAUCCACAAACUAACCGACCCCGACCAGGGUACUUAUAAACACGUGCCGUUCUUUGAGUUUAUCACAGAUCCAACCUCCUUUCCUACCACCAUAGAGAACAUGUUUCAUCUUUCUUUCCUCGUUAAGGAUGGCAAGGUUAAACUUUAUCUGGAUGACGAUAACACGCCCGUUGUGAAGAUUGAUGUUAACAAUGGAGCUGUUACCAGCACUCCUGGUUCCACCAGAGCGGUCAAUCCUUCCCAGGUCGUUAUAUCCAUGACAAUCCAGAAGUGGAAUGAUUUGAUAGAUGAGUUUAAUAUAACGAAGGCUAUGAUUCCGAAUAUCAAGAGGAGAGGAAAGUAGCGCCGAGUUUUUCAUUCAGAAGUUUGUUUGUUUGUAUCAGAAUAUGAUCCGUUAUUGGGGUGGCCGUUUAUUCUCUGAAGAAUGACGGUGGAAUUGUACGAUAACAUUGUUUCUUUUUAAUAAUAACUCUAUUUUAAUUUGAAUUUAUUUUCAGUUAGUGCUCUGCUUUUUUUCUUAACUUAUUUUAUUUACAAGUUGAUGCUCUGAACACGUACUACUACCCGACCUCGCGGGCACAAACUUUGAUUAAAAGUGACGAUAUAUUCCCAUUUUGACCAAAGACCUACAGCUCUCGGGAGAUAAUCACUUUUUAAUGAUAUUUUAACUGUGAUAGAAUACCCGCUAUGUUUAAAAGGUUUCCCUCUUAAAACAUACCACAGAUUUUUAGCACUCUGGCAGGUGUAGAAUAUUGGUUUAGUUUCUCUGUUUGAGAGUUUGAGUAGCAGACCUUUCUACCAUUCUAGAUCCUUGUUUGAUGACACUGUUUGUUAUGUCGUCGGGUUCUACCUAGGCUCGAGAUUGUUGGAUAUUACCUUAUUUGGUUGUGUUACCAUGGUAACAUUGCCUUUAUAUGGUUUUGUAAUUGUAUCCGAGAAGGUAUUAUUUUAUGUAACUAUCAAAUUCACACGGCCCAUCCUUAUGCUGUCAGAUGAACUUGGCUUGUUCCAGCUGUAAACUCGAAGGCUGUGAAGCUCGAAACAAAUUGACAUGUUGCCGAGAACGUACCUUUCCGAAAUUAGAAGGUCGAUGUAACAAAAUUGUGCCCAGACAUAAGAGUUUGGAAUGUAGCUGGUCCUGAGUUGCACUGUAACACUGCUCCGCACUUGCACUGUAACACUGCUCACCACUUGCAUUGUAACACUGCUCACCACUUGCACUGUAACACUGCUGCCCACUUGCACUGUAACACUGCUCACCACUUGCACUGUA